CUACUUCAUUUCGCACUUCACCACAAGGUGGCAGUAUCUCGCCUUUUUUUGUUGUCCAUGUCAAAUGCAGAGCUUUCAUUUCUCCUAGUAUAUGUUCUGUGACUUCAGCCACUUCAGGGUAUUCUAACCAACUGUCCACAACUGUCCUAUCAUUAGAAAUAUGUGACAUAUCACAGCGCAGUGUGUGGAUUGUUGUAAAAUGGAAAGAAUGCUCGAAGAACGUUUAAGGGAAAGGGUCUGCCUCGGCGAUACGGACGGCGUACAAGAUCUCUUAAAUGUAGGCGUCGACGUUAACGCACGAGAUGUCAAUGGAUGGACUGCCCUACAUUGGGCAUGCAAAGAGGGACAUCUAGAUAUCGCCGCUUUACUCCUGAAAAAUGGUGCUGAUAGAAAUAUACGAUCUGAGAUAGGUGAAACCCCAGCAUCUGUUUGCAGCAACCAACAGAUUUUGUAUUUUCUGAGCACGAGUGAUGAUCUCGAGCGAAUCAUGUACGAUUCAUCAUUACGCACAACUACAUCUGUUCCACCAGAUUUUUUACGCACUGCUGCAAAUUCAUCCAAAACCAGAAAUAAUAUAUAUGACAAAAGCAGACUUGUCACACCAAUUCAAGAUGAAUUGGUACUAAAAAUCCGAGUCGCCAAUACAGCUGAUCCAGAUUUUAUAGAGGUAGAAUUAUCACGAAGCGAGCUAACGUAUCAGGCCCUGUUAUAUCUUUGUUGCAAGGAACUUGAUCUGAAUUCACAUCAAAUCCAAAAGUUACGAAAAUUACCUAAUACCAGAUUGAGAAGAGAUAAAGACAUUCAGCGACUCCAAAACUUCCAAGAGAUUGAAGUAGUCGUAGAUGCAACAAAUGUAUACAAGAGCAUGCAGAAUGUCAACGGUGUUGUCAACAAUUUGCCAACGUUGCCGGUUAAUGGAUAUCAGAGUAUAUCUAAGAAGGAUCAGACCAUUUUGUAUUAACCACUUACAUUGAAAAGUUUUCUUGCAAUUUCAAGUAUUUGCACAUAUUUAGUAUAUUAUUAAUAAAAAGGAAAUUAUUUAAGAUAUAAACUGCUUUUAUUUGCCAAAUAAUGGUAUCCCAGAGAUAAUAUCCUCUGAGACAAUUAGUAUACUUAAUAUAUUUCACAUUGGAAGACAAUAAUCUUUUUUGAUUGCAUUUAAAAGAAUCAAAAAAAUAUUUUUGCUUUUGGAUUUCAAACAAUCGAUUGUUAUUUUUUAAUAGUUCAAUCCAAGAGAGAGAGAGGAAGAGAAAGAGAAUAGAUUAAAGGUAAGAAACUUGCAAAAUUUUUUCAGUAACAUAUAAACUGUGAAAGGGCGACACGAAAAACCACCUAAUUUGUGCCUAAAUGAUGAAACCUUUCUGAAACAUGUUUUGUUAUAUUUUUUAAUGCGCUGAAUUAUUUGCAAAAAUUUAUUUAAAAAUGGGAAAGUAUUGAAAAUCACAUUCAAAAUAGUAAAGCUUUGUCAAAAUCUAAAUAAAAACUCAAGAAUAUGA